GAACGGACCUAACUGUUGCACAGCAGAUGUCCUUGGCAGCAGGUGAAAGUAUGGCAGUGGAUCUGCUUGGACAGCCAGGAGGUAAAUUGUUUACAAAAUAUAUACUUGUCUAGUUCCUGUCAGAGGACAGUGCUCAAAGCAGAGCUAGGUACUGCCUUGUAGUACAUCUUCAUCUACAAAAGGAAACAGGUAGUCCAACGAGCGCUGCUCCUGCUGAACCAGGCAAGAAGAAGAGCGCCCUUGCAGUGCAGUUUGGUGAGGCUGAGGUGAGAUCACGUAAGCCCUCUACCGCAUCUAUAGCCGGUGUAGCC